UUACCUUGAUCUUAUUUUCAUUUUAUUUAUCCCAUCGACUCUGUUUAAUUUUACUUUUCCUUACAUUCUGAAAGAUUCGAUUCGAAGUCUCAAAGGCCACAAACCCUAACCCGAAAAUCCGAAGCUCCCUUCUUUGGGAGUACCAAAUUGCACACACUACAGAAACAGAAGCACAAUAAGGAAUUCGAAUACGAAACCUACGAAUGGGGAAGAGGAAAGAGCGUCGCCUUGCCGCUCUCAGCAACGCUGGUCGCAGAGUCAAACUUGACCUCUUUGCGGAACCCUCUGGAGAGUUGGGUGGCUCCAAUGUACAAGGUGAUGCUGGAGGGGAUACUGAUUCACAACAUCGUGAUGGGUUACCCAAUUCACCCUCUUCUUCAGGUGGGUUCUGUCAGUUUUCUUCAAAAAGGACUAUAUUUAGACGACAUGAGUGCUCAACAUUAAAUUGGUGGAAAUAUGGAUCUAUGUAUACAAGACAUAUUAUGUUGUUUGCCCCAAGAAACUGUUCUCAGACUGUAGGGCUGCUGUGAUCUUGGGAACAUUCAUUUCAGAUGCGGUCGGUGCUGCCACAUUGAAAUAUGAAUGACUCCCAAUUGUUCCCCCCUUUUGUCAGCAUCAAGGAAUUUUCGAGGUUCAGACGGUAAAAAGUUUUAUCGGUUCGAAUGUUUCUGGCUUUGCUUGCUUAAUGACUGACUGAUAUUUUCCCAUAUCUAACAGGUCAACCACAGAAUCCAUUGCUGCUGCUUGGGCAAUAUAGUGAUGAUGAAAUGGAUGAUGGAUCAAGUAAAGUGCCUGGUGAUGCUAAGGUGCAGAGUCCAGUGUCUAAUGAGGAGGCUAAGGAUUCUAUUGAGGAAAGAUCCAAAGACAACAUCAGUGUCUCUGUUGAUCAUGUAUCUCAGAAUGAUGGACAGCAGAUUAGAAUGGAAAAUUCUAGUUCAAUUGAUCCUGAAGGCAGCAAAGAAAAUGCAAGUAAUGGUGCUGCUGGUAAUUUUCCAAAGGAAAUUGUUUCCAAUGACCAAAUGUCCGCUUCAAGAAGCUUUGAUGAACAACUUGGUACUGAUAUUAAUUUUGGAUGGAAGAUGGUGAUGCAUGAGGAAAGCCAACGCUAUUAUUAUUGGAAUGUUGAAACUGGGGAAACUUCAUGGGAAGUGCCCCAGGUUUUGGCGCAAGCAGCUCAGUUAUCGAGCGAUUCAAUGCUUCCUUCUGUUGAUGAUAAAACAGUCAGCGGUGCUGUUGGUAUCGAUAAUUCCAGUUUUCCCUCUUCUGUGAUGCAGGACACUUCAGCUACUUUCACACUUGAUAGUUCAGCAGAAACCAUAGUGACUUCUCAUAAUGAGUUGUAUGGGCAUGGAUCCCAAAUGAAUGGAUGUAGUGGUGAACAUACAAAUGUAACUCAUGGAAGGGAAUUGAUUGGGAAUAAUGGUAGUAUGAGUUUUCCUUAUGGAGGUGAUCCUUCAUAUGUUCCAAAUUACAGUGCUGAAGAGCAGCAGUCACAAAUUGAUUUGCCUUCUCAUCUUGAAAAACAGUGUGAGAUUUUAUUAGGGAGGAUGAAGUCACUAAAAGAGUCAAAGGGCAAUUUGCAAGAUCAGGACACCUUGUCAAAGUAUAUGUUAGAGAUUGAGAUUAGACUUUCUGAUAUUAGGUCCCUUGCUUCAUAUGGAGCAUCUUUGCUUCCAUUCUGGGUGCAUUCUGACAAUCAGAUAAAACUACUUGAAAGUGUGAUAAACAAUUUCCAAACUGCGGAAUCAGCAGAAGUUGAAGCUGAGGAUAAAGAUGUCCCUGACUCUGAAGCAGUGGGUGAGCAGCAGAAUGGCUUGGGACAUGAUUCUGAAUUAUAUAACAAUAACAACAAAGACAGCACUCUUACUUCUGAAGUUUCGAAUGGACCUCAGGCUGAUGCUUCACCUGUAGUUUUGAAAGAUACCUAUGAUGAAAUUCCUACAAAUUCUCAGCAUUUUUCUUCAUCUAAUGUUUCUGAUAAUCAUUUGGAAACUGGUAUAGAUGUUCAUACAGAAGUUCAAACAAAUACAAAUCCUGAGCAAUCAACUCUUGGACAUGGGUAUAAUUUUGAAGAUGAUGAUGACAUGGAUGUGGACAUGGAAGUUGAAGAUAUGAAUUCCUCAGGCAAUGUAACUGAUGCAGAUGCAUCAGUUGCAAAGGAUCUUGGACAAACAGAGCAUGAGGUUCAGUUGAAUCCACUAGGCGACAGCCAUUCUUUGUUGCCAGAACAUCAGUUUGUUGUCCCCCCACCUCCAGACGAUGAGUGGAUCCCUCCACCACCGCCUGAUAAUGAGCAGGCCCCUCCUCCUCCGCUGCCACCUGAUGAUGAACAGGCGCCCCCUCCUCCACCUGGUGAUCCACAACCACCUCCAUAUCAUGCUCUCCCAUCUUACGCCGAGACAGGGCAGCCUCUUUCUUACACACAAUAUAGUUUAUCUUAUGGACAGACAGGGCAGUCACUUUCUUACACACCUGUUGCUGGCUCCGAGUAUUAUGGACAGACAGCUCCUGAAGUCCCAACAAGUAAUAUAUAUGGACAAAUUGCUAUGCCACCUGGACAGCUCUACUAUAGUGCAGUUCCAAACUUGUAUAGCGAAAAUCCUCAAGUUGUGGUCAAUCCAUCUGAUCCAGUUUCUUAUUAUGAGCUUCAAGAGGGAGCUGGAUCAACUAACAUACCUGUUAACAAUUCUAGUGAUUCUUGUGUUGGUGGGGUAGACAGGGCAUCUGGUGAUGUUCCAUCGACCUCAUCUAGCAUGGCGGCACCUGCAACUGUUUCGGUUGAUGAGAGUGCCUCAUUGCCAUCAACUAUUGCUGAAGCUGCUGCAGUAAGUGCUGCCUCAUCGGCAGUUGCUAAAACCCAAACCAAAGUAGUGCGUAAAAAGCGGGCAGUUGCAGUUGGAUCUUCCUUAAAGUCUAAUAAAAAGGUUUCAAGUUUGGUGAACAAGUGGAAGGCGGCUAAAGAGGAGUUGCUUGAAGAAGAGGAAGAGCCUGAAAGUGUGUAUGAGGUGUUCGAAAGGAAGCGCCAAAGGGAAAUAGAGGAGUGGCAUGCAAAGCAAAUUGCUAGUGGAGAGGCCAAAGAUAAUGCUAACUUUCAACCUCUUGGUGGUGAUUGGCGGGAGCGGGUCAAGCGCAAAAGGGCACAAAAAGCACGUGAAUCUCUUGAGGCGCCGCACGACGCAGUUGAGCCCCGCCAACAGCAGCCUGAUAUGACUGAACUCUCCAAGGGUCUACCAUCUAAUUGGCAGGCAUAUUGGGAUGAGACCUCAAAGCAGGUUUAUUAUGGUAACACUAUCACCUUGGAAACGACAUGGGAUCGACCGACAAAAUGAGCGGGUAUCGAUUCGCCAGUGGCUAGUGUCGUAGGCUAAUAGUUACGAGGACUUUAAUGUUUAUAUAUUGCUUAGUAAGCAGUUUUUGAUAGAUGUGCAAAGAUGCGUUGUCCCUGAAUUUUAGUUUAUUGUUACUGUGCUUAUAUUUUUAAGCACCGUGUUAUAUCAUUUUGAACCAGUUUUCGGAGAAAGCCAAAGGAGACUUGAGGGAAUCUGAAAGGAGAAAGAAAAGGGAUUUGGUCCUCUUAAUUUAUACUCUGCUAAUCCACA